AUGGUCUGGAGUUGUUCCACAAUUGCUUGUCACAACACCUCCCUUAUAAAAUUGCCAUGAAGAUGGGUCAGCUUCGACUGCAGCUGCAGUGGGCUGUUGGGCGACUGCAACCAUCAGAGCUACAAAUUGAUUUUGCAUGACUGGAGAAUAUCCCAGGAUUUUUGCAACGACUUUGGAUACAUUGGUAGCGUUGCAAGUGCCUUUUUUAGCUGUAUAAGGGUAAUUAGCUUCAAAAGUGAUGCCAUUUUGAAAGAUAUAGGCAUACGCGCCUUCAACAUUUCCAAAUUUGCAGCCUAA